AUGGAGAACUACGAAAAGUUAUUUGAAAGUAUAGAUUUAAAAGAUGACAAUGCAUAUAAUAUUAUAAAGGAAAGUGAAGAAAAAAAGAUAAAAAAAAUAUUGUACAAAUCAAAACAUGAUCCUAAUUUAUUACCAAGCUAUUCAACUUUUAAUCUAAGAGGGAAACGUUACAGCAUUUCUAAUGUAGCAGGUGAACUAGUUAAAAAAGUAGAGAAACAAAAGAAAGUAAAAGAUUUACAAAAUAGUUAUGACAAAAAAAUAUUAAAAAAAGGAGAAAAAAAUCAAACGAUACCAUCUCUUAAUGAAAUAAGAAAAAUAAAUCCAACUUUAUUAACAAUUAAGGAAAAAAAAAAAAAAUAUAAAGACGCUCUACCAGACAGACAUGAUAUACCAUUAAUGAAUUUAACAGCAGAUGUUGAUUAUGUUUAUGAUAAUGCUGUUCAAGUGAUUAAUACAAAACCUGUUGUUAAAAAAAAAAAGGAAGGAAAAAUUCUCUUAGAUGAAGACCCACUAACCAAAGAAGACUAUGGUAAAAUAAGUCCAUAUCUAAUUAAAAUAAAAAAUGAAUUAAGAGAAAAAGAAAGUUUGAAGAAACAAGAUAUUAUUGAUGAAGAAAAAAUAGCUAAAGAAUUAGAAUUAAAAAAGGAGAAUUUAUUGGUAGAACUUAAAAAUAAAUAUAAUGAAAUCAAUAAAGAAUAUUUAAAGAUAUCCCAUAUUGUCGAUAUUAAUUCGGUUAGGAAAUUAAAAAAAAAGGAAAAUUACGAAAAGGAACUAAAUCAGUUAGAAAAGGAUAUACAAAAAUUAGAAAAAAUGAGUUACUAA